AUGGCAAACUUCAAUAAAGCCACUUGCUUCUCACAUACGAAAAAAGAUUACUGCGAUUUUAAGUGGGUAAUAAGUGAUUACAUGUUGGUUUUUGCAAGACAAGAUAGAUUAGAAUCACCUGUAAUAAGUGUCGGUCGUGAUAAUACACAUCAGUUUGAAUUGAGGUUGAGUUGUACCUAUAAGAACUAUGGAACCUGUAGAAGAUUAAUUCUUUUCGUCCUAAGAAAGCCUGAAGAAAAAUCAUCAGUAAAGUUCAACUUAUCAGUGAUAAAAGAUGGAAAAAUUGUUGAUACCCGCAUUGAUUAUGCGAAUUGUUCUCCCUCAUUGAUACCUAUAUUAGAAAUUCCGACAGAUGAAAUGAAGAAGUUCGUUUCAUCUACAGAUACCUUAAUUUUUCACAUCGAAUUGACAGUUUCCACCGGAGAUGUAAUAUACUCAAUAAAUAAGGAAUCCAUCAAGACAGAUUUUACACCAAAACUAAAAUUCGAUUGGGUGUUCAAUAAUAGAAAAUUCUGUGAUGCCGUGCUAAAUACAUCAGGCUCGAAUAUUCCAGCUCAUAGACUCAUGCUCGCCACUGCCAGUCCUGUAUUCAGGGCCUUAUUUAGUCAAGAUGAUACGUUUCUAAACAAAAUUGAAAUAGUCAAUAUGAAGGAUGUUAGCUACGAAACAGCGGAAGAAAUGUUGCGAUUUAUCUAUACAGGUACUAUUGAAAGUCACGAAAUAACCUUGAUUAUUGAUCUUUUGGUGACCGCUGUCAAGUAUCAACUCGAAGAGUUGAAAAACGAGUGCGAGAGAAUAUUGAGCUCACUGUUGUCCCCUGAAAAUGCUGUGGAUAUUAUAAAUGUUGCCGAUAAAUGUAACAUGAUAAGUUUGAAAAAGAAUGCAGCUGAUUUUCUAAAAUACAAUAUCAGCGUAACUUCAAACUCUAAUUGUUUGGGUAAUAUGAUUCUCAGUAUGGGACGGCUUCAUUCGAAAUAA